GGGCUUGCGCGGCCAGUGCGUCGGGCGGCGGCGGGAAGAUGGCGGCGGCAGCGCGGGGCCCGCAGCGGGGGCGGCCGGUGCUGCGCUGAUGGGACCGGAGCGCCGCGACCUUCACCCCAGCCGAGCCAGCUGUGGCAGCAGCAUGGAGACAGGGGUCCCGCGGCGCACCCGCUGCCAGGCGGCACUCGGAUCCGUCGCGGCGCCGCGCCGCUGCCCGUGAGCGUCCCCGGCCCCGCCGAUGGACAGGAUGAGCUGGCUGAGCAAGCUGAACCCGCGGGCGGGUGGGCAGCCACGGGCCCCCCGCAGCGCCAGCCUGCAGAGCCCCGUCACCGCCGACCCCGAGACCUGCCUCAUGGUCUUCAAGAACCACUGGGCACAGGUGCUGCACAUCCUGGAGCGCCGUGGCUGCAAGGCGGCUGCCGACGACCUGAGCGCCGUGCGCAACAACACCUACCAGAUGCUGAACCUGCUGGCCGAGGACCGGCCGCGGGGAGAGGCGGCGGCGCCGGGGCCCAUCCUCGAGUUCGUGGCUGCCGAGAACCUGCUGGAGCGGCUGCUGUGCUGGCACCUGCAGGGAGACUUCAGCGAGGAGCGUAAGGUGGAGCAGCUGAAGCUGUACGAGAUGCUCAUCAGCCAGGCCCGGCAGCCCCUGCUGAGGCACAAGCCCGUGCUGACGCCGCUGCUGCGGCUGCUCAGCCUCUGCGCCGAGCCCUCCUCCACCGCGCUGGAGAACAGCCUGGUCCUGCUGCUCAACCAGCUCUGCGUCUCCGUGGCCAAGGAACCCUCCAUCCUGGAGCUGUUCUUCCACAGCCACGCCGACCAGGGUCCCGCCAACCUCAUCAUCUUCUCCCUCCUCAUCCCCUUCAUCCACCACGAGGGCGUGCUGGGGCAGCAGGCCAGGGACGCGCUGCUGCUCAUCAUGGCCAUGUCCGCCAGCAACCUCGCCGUGGCCAAGUCCAUCACCGACAACUCCUACUUCUGCCCGGUGCUGGCCACGGGCCUGAGCGCCCUGUACUCCUCGCUGCCGCGCAAGAUCGAGGUGCGGGGGGACGACUGGCACUUCCUGCGCCGCGAGGACUGGAUCGGCGUCUCCUCCCUCGUGCUCUUCAUGAACUCCCUGGAGUUCUGCAACGCCGUCAUCCAGGUCGCCCACCCACUGGUGCAGAAGCAGCUGGUGGAUUACGUCCACAACGGGUUCCUGGUGCCCGUCAUGGGGCCGGCGCUGCACAAGACCUCCAUCGAGGAGAUGAUCGCCAGCACGGCCUACCUGGACCUGUUCCUGCGCAGCGUCAGCGAGACGGCGCUGCUCAAAACCUUCCUGCGCUUCGUGCUGCUGCACCGCCACGACAACAGCACCAUCCUCGACACCCUCGUGGGCCGCAUCAACAGCAACUCCCGGCUCUGCAUGGUGUCCCUGAGCCUGUUCCGGACGCUGCUCAGCCUCAACUGCGAGGAUGUGAUGCUGCAGCUGGUGCUCAGGUACCUGCUGCCCUGCAGCCACGUCAUGCUGAGCCAGAAGCGGGCGGUCAGGGACCUGGACAUCUACGGCAAGACGGCUGCCAAGUUCCUGUCGCUGAUCCCGCGUUGCUGCCGCCCUGAGAGCCUGGCGCCGGCGCCACGGGACGAGGAGCACGCGGCCUGGGCCAAGGGCCACGGCAGCCCCGGCCUGGACGGCUCCUCCUCGGCAGUGGUGACGGUCCCCAGACCCUCCACUCCGUCGCGCCUCUCCUUCUUCUCGCGGCAGCCCGAGGCGGCGGGGCCGGCGCCGCGCUCCCCCGGCACGCCGGGCGGCAGCCCUGGACCCCGUGCCGCGCGCUGCGACGACGUGUCGGAGCUGGACAGGAACUACCUGGAGUACCUGCGGGACGCUCGGCGCAGCAUCGACCGCUGUGCGUGGGCCUGCCGCGUCUGGUCAGCGCCCUACGACGGCGAGGAGCCCGGCGCCAGCCCCCCGGCACCCCCCACCCCGCGGACUAAAAAGCGGGGCUUGCCGGAGGAGGGCGCGACCGAGGCGCCCGGGGGGCUCCCGGGCAGCGCCGGGGCCGAGCCCGGCUCGGGGGGGCCGGCCCCCGAGGCGCAGGACUCGGCGGGGCUGCUGAAUGGGGCGCGCGGGCCGGCGCAGCCCGGCCGGCCCCAGGGGGACGUGGCGGUGAAGAAGGUGCGGCGCAGCCCCCACGGCGAGGCCGACGGCGCGGGGGUCCCCCCGGAGCGGGAGCAGCGGCCGCCCCCGGCGCAGAACGGAGCCGUGGCCGCCGCGGGCUGGGAGCCGCUGCCCUCGGUGGACUCGCUGAUCGAGGAGCUGCUGGCGCGCGUCCCGGCCGAGCACAACGGCGCCGGCGUCACCAUCGAGGCCUUCACCGAGGAGCUGCGGGAGAUCGAGGCCGAGAUGAAGAACGGCGCCGGAGCCCCCCGAGCCGCCCCCCCGGAGCCCCCCGAGCCGCCGCUGUCCCGGGAGGAAGAGGAGGCCUUCGCCAGCUUCGCCGCGCUGCCCGAGGGGGACGCGCCGGGCCGGGCGCCGCUGCGGCCGCCGGACCCCCUGGCACAGCUGGUGGCCAGCCCCCCGCGGGCCCUGGGGCCGCCCCCCAGCCAGCCCUUCACAGGCCCCUUCGUCUCGGUGCUGUUCGGGAAGCUGGAGAACAUGCUGCACAACUCGCUCUACGUCAACUUCCUGCUGACGGGGCUGGUGGCCCAGCUGGCCUGCUACCCCCAGCCCCUGCUGCGCUCCUUCCUCCUCAACACCAACAUGGUCUUCCAGCCCAGCGUCAAGUCCCUGCUGCAGGUCCUCGGCUCGGUGAAGAACAAGAUCGAGAGCUUUGCCGCCAGCCAGGAGGAUUUCCCGGCGCUGCUCUUCAAAGCCAAGAAGUACCUGAUCGCCCGCGGGAAGCUGGACUGGGCCGAGGCGCCCGGCUCGGGGCCCUCGCUGCGCCGCGCCGAGGCGCUGGCCAAGAGCCGGAAGCCGUCCCUCGGGGAGCUGCUGCUGCGGCACAGCAACAGCCCGACGCGGGCGCGGCAGGCGGCGCAGCUGCAGGCGGCGCAGCUGCAGGCGGCUCAGGUGCAGGCGGCGCAGCUGCAGGCGCUGCAGGCGCGGGACGGCCCGGCGCUGCUGCGCGGCUCGGCCGAGCGCCAGGGCCAGGCGCUGCGCGUCCGCAACGCCGUGUACUGCGCCGUCAUCUUCAGCGAGUUCCUCAAGGAGCUGGCGGCCAUCGCCCAGGCCCACGCCGUCACCUCCCCGUUCCUCACCGAGCCCCCCGAGGAGUGACCCCCCGGCCCCGCCCCGGCCCCGCUGGAGCCUUUUUAACCACCCCAGGACAUGGACCUUUUUAAUUUAUUGGGGACGAAUGUUUGGGGGGGGGGCCGGGGGGGGGGCACAGGGCAGGACCCUGGGCAGCCCCAGCGUGGGGAGGGGGCUCUGCAGAGCGCUGUGGGGCGCGCUGGCUCUGCCCCCGGGCCCCCCCACUCCCCCCCUCCCCCAGGGCUCGGGGGCACUCGUGCAGCCCCUCUGUGCGGGGCGGGGGGCAGCAGGCUGGGGGCUGCAUGGGGGGGCUGCGUGUGUCUGUGCUGUGUCAAAGCCCUUCGGUAA